AUGCAGACCAUCACUGUCUCUGCGGCCCUGCUCGCCGCCCUUCCCUCGGUCAUGGCCGUCGGCAAGGCCGUCGUCGUCAACAACUGUGACGAGGCCGUCAACGUCUGGACUGCUGACACUGAGCGUGGCCAGCUCGGCCCCGAGUCCCUCAAGGCCGGUGGUACGUGGUCUGAGGAGUACCACAUGGUCGGUGAUGGCAGCUCCACCAAUGGUGGUGUUUCCAUCAAGCUCAGCACCACCGACUCCUGCGAGGGUGCCAUCACUCAGUACGAGUACACCUACAGCUCCUCGGGCGACCCCGACCUCUGGUACGACAUCUCCAACGUCAACUGCAAGGGCGAUGCCUGCCCCUUCUACACUGGCGGCUUCUACCUCGAUGCCUCGACUCCGGUCGACUGCGGUCCCCUGACGGCCCUCUGCGACGCCGUCUACAACCUCUGGAACGACGACAAGGCCACGCACGGCACCGAAUCCACCAGCGACACGACCCUCUACCUCUGCGGCAAGGACGGCGACUCCUCGUCCAUCGAGGUGUCGACCGAGUCGGCUUCGUCGACUGUGUACUCGUCGUCGUACGCCACCAGCAUCGCCGUCACCCCCACCUCCAGCUACGUCGCUCCCUCGUCGACGCAGACGCCCACGACUCUUGUGACUUCCACCCCGGCCGCGCAGGUGCAGAUUGAGAGCUUCGUCGGCGGCGACGUGAAGGAGGAGGCGGUGGAGGAGGGCGGUAACAUUGUCACCGAGAUCGUCACCCAGUACGCCACUGCCGUCGUCACCGAGUACGCCAAGCGCACGGCGGCGCCUCACGCGCACCACAGGCGCGAGCACCACCACCACGGCCACCCCCACUACCGCAAGUAG